GUAAUAUCCUGGACCUGUGUGAUCAGUGAUCACCACAGAAUGACCGGAGAUUCAAUCGCCGCCGGUAUGGAUUACAUCAGCGCCUUACCGGACGCAAUUCUCCAUAUUAUCUUCUCCGAUUUCCCGACCAAGUUCGUGAUCAGAACCUCCGUCUUGUCCAAGCGAUGGAGGCAUGUAUGGUCCGAUACACCUUCGCUCUCCAUCGAUUGCAGUGAAGCCGACCCUGAUUCUUUAAACAGAACCCUUGCUAACUACUCUGCUCCUAGAAUCAUGAGUUUCGAUCUCCGUGUCAGCAGCAAGGCUCACGACAUUAUCAGCUUGGUCGAAUUCGCCGUUUCUCGUAAAACCGAGAAGCUCUCUCUGGACUUUCGUGAUGAUUGUGUUUAUGUUUACAAUUUUCCUGGUUUCUUCUACACAAGUUCCUCUCUGAAGCAGCUCGUUGUCGACUCGGGAGCUCUUGAUACGAUUCACGUGUCUUGGACAUCUCUAAGAGACUUGUCUUUGAGUUUCUGUAAACUCUCUGAUGCAUCUCUUGCUAAGAUUGUCUCUGGUUCACCACUGCUCGAAAGCUUGACAUUGCAUCACUGUGAUAACCUUGGGAGUCUUGAUCUGAGCGAAUUGCGACAGCUAAAGAAAUUGGAUAUUGAUAACGAAGGACCAACGCAGAUUGUGGCACCACAUGUCCAUUGUUUGAGAUUGAGACACUCUCAUAGACAAUGUAGUUUAGAGGAUGUCUCUUCUUUAACCGAAGCUUACCUGAACAUCUACUGUAUAAGCUGUUAUUACUACAAAGCUGAUUUGGUUCAAGUUUAUGUGCUAGACAUGCUAGAAAAGUUGCAGAGUGUGAAGAAGCUUACUUUUGGUGCUGCCUUUCUUCAGAUCUUGUCUCUUGCCGAAAUCUGUGAAUUUCCUUUUCCGAUGCUCAAAGUCGAAGUCUUGACUCUUGAAACCAUGAUUGUUCCGUCUGUCAUUCCUGGUAUAGCAAAGCUGCUACAAAACUCACCUGGAGUGAAGAUGCUAAAACUAGACAUAGUGAGCAGCAAGAUCAUACUGGAUGCUGAUCUUAACUUCUACUUGGAUUUGAAAGACUUGGAUCAGAAUCAGUGCUGGAAACCUAAAGAUCUGGACUUCUCGACUUCAUAUGAGCCAAAACUCAUGACUUCAUUCAUGGAAUUUCUGAUGGAAAACACUAGAGAAGACAAUCUAUCUCAGUACAACUGGUAACUGAGUUGAGCGGAACUCUGAGAGUCUUAGAGUUCGUUCGAGUAAGGUUUGAGGUCAAAGAUAUUGAUGCAGUGGAUAAGGAAGACUUGGAUAUAAACAAGACCCAUUUGUGCAACUGGCUUUGGAGGUUACAUUGACACAACUGAAUUUGAAACAAAUGAUUGAGAUGGUUAUGACUUUCUCACAACAAACAAUUGUUUAGCUUUUCUAUCAUCAUAUCAACUCAAUGGUGUUUUAGUCUUUAAAUCGUGUAUUUAUCUUAAAUCUUAUCUGAUGCUUGGAUUUGUGAGAAACUAUAACAUGUGGAAUGCCAAUAUAUCUAUAGUUUCAUA